AUGAAUCUCUUCAAGGUUGCAGACUUUUAUAUCGGCAGGAUUGCUAAUUCGCAAUCCAAGAGUUCGCGAAAUGAAGCCCACGAAACAAGAAUCAAGGCGCUGCUCUUGGACAAGCACACCACGGGUCCCAUAUCCAUGUGCACUACUCAGACUGAACUCCUGGAGCACGAGAUAUACCUUAUAGAUACGCUCGAAAAUGAAAAUCGGGACGUUAUGCGCCACUUGAAGUGUCUCGUGUAUGCCAAGCCCACGGACGAAUCGAUUGAAUUGCUGGUCAAAGAACUGGCUAACCCGAAAUACGGCGAGUACCAAAUUUUCUUCAAUAACACCGUAACCAAAACACAACUAGAGCGCCUGGCUGAGUGUGAUGACCUGGAGCUUGUCAGUAAGGUCGAGGAAGUCUUUCAAGAUUAUCAAAUUUUGAAUGAGGACUUGUUCUCACUCGAUCUACCACCCGCGGAACUUUUCUCGAAUCAGCUUAUAUGGGAGCCUUCCGGGCUUCAAAAAACCUCUCAGAGCCUGGUUUCCCUACUGCUAUCCUUGAAGCUCAAACCCCAAGUACGAUUUGAAGCUGGCAGCAGGCUGACCUCCAAGCUGGCUCAGGAAGUCGUGCACAUUAUUGAUCAGAACGAAAGGACUUUAUUCGAUUUUCCGCCAAUGGAUGCACCUCCUUUGCUAUUGAUUUUAGACCGUCAUCGCGACGCAUUAACGCCAAUGCUACAGCCUUGGACUUACCAAUCCAUGAUUAAUGAAUACAUGGGCAUCAAGAGAAAUGUUGUAGAUCUGUCAAAAGUGCCAGAAGUUGAUUCAUCCAUGGAACAAGUAGUUCUAUCUGCUAAGCAAGAUCCUUUUUUUCACGAUACCAUGUAUCUCAACUUUGGCGAACUCGGCGAUAAAGUGAAGCAGUACGUGUCCAGUUACAAAAACAAGACCAAGUCCAAUAGCCAGAUAAACACCAUUGAAGAUAUCAAGCAGUUUAUCGGCAAGUUCCCUGAAUUCAGGAAGCUGUCCGGCAACGUUUCAAAACACAUGGCGAUUGUUGGGGAACUUGAUCGACAGUUACAGCUACAGCAUAUUUGGGAGAUCAGUGAAUUGGAGCAAAACAUAUCGACCCAUGCUGGCGAUUCUCAAAACUAUGAAGACUUGCAAAAGCUGCUAUCAGAUCCUAAAGUCGAUAAUUACUACAAAUUGAAGCUUGCUUGUAUCUACUCUCUCAAAAUUGGAGAGAACACUCAUACCGCUGAAAUAUCUAAAGCUUUAGCCACUCAAUUGAGUCCUGAGGAAGUAAAUUUCUUUCAUCACUUCAACAACAUUUUUCAAAUACGAACGAGACAAUCUACGGCGGGCCGAGAAAGGGAAGAUUUAAUUAGUGAACUAGCCAAAAAAUUCAAUCAAAAGGGUCAUCACAAGACUGAUAACGUCUUUAUGCAGCAUGUUCCUGAGCUUUUCGCAUUUCUCAAUGGCUUAUCUAAAAACAAAAUAUCGGAUGAAAAAUAUCCAUAUGUCAAGAAUCCAGUUAGCAGAUCCCCUCCUCAGGACGUGAUAAUAUUCUUCGUUGGUGGCGCUACUUAUGAAGAAGCACGAGUGUUGCACCAAUUUAACGAAACAAUGGUCGCUGAAAAUAGCGGGAAAAUGAGAGUAAUCCUGGGCGGGACAAGUAUGAUGAACACGCAUGAGUUCAUGAACUAUUGUAGAGGGUCGGGGCAAAAAACUACAGAGCUAUCGGAUCUGCUUUAA